AGUGGCCAUGGUGCGCGUUUAGCGCAACUACUAAUGCUUCACGCUUGACGCUUGUUUCGGUAUCCGAUGGCGUCCCAUUGUGCAAAUGUAGUGAUAACUUGAAAAAUGUAAAAUAAUGGCCUAUAAUUUGUUGCAAUAAGCGUUUUAAGUUAAUAAUAACAUGUGAUAAAAAUAUUUUCUGUGAAAAUAAGUGUUAAUAAGUUGAGAAAUGGCAUCAAAAACUACGGAAUGGCGACCGGGGCCUACUGUGUGCCGAUGUUGUCUUACUGAAGGAUGCUACAAAGACAUUUCAACCGAAUAUUUUUGGAUGGGCAAGAGAGAAGUGUAUGCUGAGAUGUUGUCUGAAACAUUUGAUUUAAGUAUCGCGUAUUCGCAAUCUGGUGGGCCGAACAGCCACAGUCGACUCAUAUGCGAGCCGUGUAUAUCGAGGCUACGGGAUGCGGCGGAUUUCAAGAGGCAGGUCCAGGAGUGCGAGCGUACAUUCAUGCAGUAUCUAGACCCGGGUAGCUCACUGGCGGAGUUGGAAGUGGGAGUAGACCUCGACAAGGAGGUGAAAGUGGAGCGAGUAAAGGAGGAGAAGGAACAGAGCGAUGAUGAUGAAUUUGACGACCGGCCCGAUUUUGGUGAUGACGACGAUUAUGAUGACCUUGACGACCAGCCAUUAACGAAAUUGGCGAGCAAAGUACCGAAGAAGGAAUCGGUCGAUGUCCUGGACUUGAUCGAUAACGCUAAAGUGACCGUUAAGAGGAAAUCGUCGUCUAAGACGAAAGUAACGCCCGCGAAGAAGGCUAAGACGAAAAAGGAUAUCGCGACGUCGAGUAAAGAGAAGCCCGAGCCGAGGAAGAAGAAAGGGUCCACAAGGGAAAUUGACGGACUCAAAGAAAAAGAAAGUAAACCAAAAAAAGGGUUAUUCGAAAGAUCCGUAAAGCAGAACCCACAACGGCGAAAUGCUGUAUUGAUACUUAAACAUUCUACUGCUAUUCCCUUUAAGACUCGAUUUAAUAGAAUCUUAUGUUCUUACUGUCAUGACGAAUUUGAACCUAUGGAAGCUUUAAGAGACCACGUCAAAUCUAAACAUACAAAUGCCGAUUUUAAUAGCGCCUUCUAUAAAGUCGUAGAUGAUCUGAAAGUUGAUAUAAGUCAUUUUAAAUGUAACAUGUGCACGGAAGAUGUGCAGAGCGUUGAAACGUUUAUGAGCCAUUUGUCUCGUGAUCACGGAAAAACGGUUAAUUUCGAUGUACCUUUCGGCGUUUUGCCGUAUAAGCAGAACGAAUCAGGCGUAUGGAUGUGUCUAGAUUGUGAGAAAACAUUCCCUGAAUUUUCUCAAAUUAACGGACAUUUGAGGAGUCAUGCGAAAAUUUUUACCUGUGAUAAAUGUGGGGCUACGUUUCUAUCGGAACAUGGACUUAAACAGCACGAGCGCAAUUUUAAAUGCUACAAGGCCACGUAUAAGCCGCGCUUCGGAAAGGCCUUAAAACAUCGUUUUAAUACUGAAAUUAUCCUUCAAUGCUCAACCGCUUGUCCCUUUAGGACUUGGGGUCAAAAUUUUAAUUGCGUAUUUUGUCGCGUUCAGUCUAACGAUCCGAAUGGUCUACGAGCUCAUAUGGCAUCAAGACAUGCGAACUUUGAUAUCCAGCUCGUGUUUAGUAGGAAAUUACGCAAAGAAUUUCUCAAAGUUGACAUAACUGAUUUACAAUGUAAACUUUGUUUCAUGCACAUAGAUACCCUCGACGAAUUGUUGACUCAUCUAAAAAAUGAUCAUAAACAGCCAAUCAACAUAGACGUACAACCCGGCGUUCUGCCAUUCAAACUAAACGACGGUUCGAAUUGGAAAUGUGCCAUUUGUAAAAUACAAUUCUCCGAUUUCAUAUCUCUUAAGAAACACACAGCAGAGCAUUAUCAGAAUUAUGUUUGCGAUACAUGCGGCGAAGGUUUCAUCACGGAAGUUGCUCUAAGGGCACAUACGAAAAUACCCCACGAUAACAAAUACAAUUGUAGUAGAUGUAUUGCAACAUUCUCUACUUUAGAAGAGAGGAAUAUUCACAUAAAAACACAGCACACGACGCUUCCAUAUAUGUGUGUGUAUUGCAAAGAAAAGCCGAGGUUCGCGACUUGGGAAUUGAGGAAGCGACACCUCAUGGAGAUCCAUAACUACAAACCAGGGGCGGAAAUGUACGAAUGUACGACUUGUCAUAUGAUGUUCAAAACUCGUUCGCAGAAAUACCACCACAAUGUCAAAGUACACCGAACGAAGAAGGAGCUCGAUUUUGGUUUCUCUUGUGGUCACUGUGCGAGAGGUUUCGCUACGAAAUUGUCUCUCGAUAAACAUAUAGCAAAAAAACAUUUUCACGUUUGAUAUUAUGCGUUCGAUUACGAGUAUCGGUAUAAUUAUUGGAUAAUUGUAAUUUAUUUAUUAUGAUUUUAAUCGUAUUUUUUAGUAAAAUAUAACGUGUGUGAUCUCAGACGGCUAGCUCUACAACUGUACUUAAAUGUUUGCUCACAAGUUGAGGUACAUAUAUAUUUAAAUAUUUAACAGAGAAAUUGCAGGAUCGAUUUCGAUGAAACUUCUCAUUUUAGUUUAGUAUUAGUAUUGUAUUAAAUAUUAGUGAUGACGUAUUAUAAUAAAAUUACAAUGAAGUGAUACUUAUGAUACAAUUGUUAAGUAUAUUAUGAUUAAAUUUAAUAUUCGACAUGUAGGAAUUUGACAAUCAUAUCAUAUGUUAAUUUUCAAUAGAAACAAGGUCACGUAAUUAUCAUACACGUUGAUAUAUAGUAAGUCUAAAGUGCUACAAUGUAGUAUUUACGAUUUGGCAUAUUAUAUUUCUGAUGUAGAAAUAUAGAAUAUUCGGGGCAACAUAUUUUGUUGAACUCUUGAAAUAGUUGUGGCUUCGAUCCAGGGACAGAUUUGAUACUUUGGCUUGGCUUGGUUCUAGCCCUAUAGCAGAUGCCGCCCCCUACAUAUAUAUUUUACGAAACAUUGAAUAAAUUAAAUCAACAUUUGUUUUAAAUGUGCUUUAACACGUUUUUUGACGUUUGUUUUUUUGUGGGUUCACUGUAAGACUAAAAUAAUGUUCACCAAUCAAGUUUUGACGGAUCUGCUUGGGCUGUAUGGAAAUCCGCACCUUCUUUGAUCUGUGAAUUGAAGUAAACCGAAUAAACACAUAAUGAUGUCUUUAAUAUAUAUCACUAAAUAUGUUCAUAAACGAGUACGCGAAAUUCUAAUAAAGUAGACUUUUACUGUCUAAUGUCCAAUAGUAAAAGGUAAAUGUAUAUCUUGUUAGUUUCUGUAUAAAUGUUGAUGAAAUAUUUUUAUUUAUAUCUUUAUAAUAGACAAGUCUUU